AUGGAAGACCCAGUCAGCGAGAUCCGUGGCGUCGUCAAGGGCCUCGUCGCCGCCAGAAACGCUUCCGAGCAGAAGUACUGCAUGCAAAGGUACUUUGCGCCCGAUGCGUCGUUCGACCACGUACUCUGCACCGUCGCCAGCGGACCCAGCUCGAGGGACAAGGGGCUGCUGCCCAUCUACCAGUUCCUGCGCGUGAUCUCCAAGUCGGACAUCGAAGUCUUCCAUGUUGCCUUUGAUCAGCAGACCAACAAGCUCUUCCUCGAAGCGGUCCAGACACUACGACCCAACUUGCCCGUGGUACGAGACGUCAUUGCCAAGGACGCACGCAUUGUCGUCGCCCUGCAGCUCCAGCGUGGCGCCGACGGCAAGUUCUACAUCAAGAGCCAGCAGGAUCUCUACGCACCUCAAGUUCUUCCGUUUGGGAUCAUUCCCGGAGGCGAAACCGUGACGAUGCUCGUCAAGAAGAUCGCUGCACUCAACUGCAUCAUCAUGCUCGCUAUCGUCCAGCUGCUCUUCGGAUACUGGAAGCCAGGCAAAGAUCCGCUGGGCUCGCAUCUCAAACGCACCUAA